AUGGCCACGUGUGAAGUUUGUGGAGAUGGUUUCGCAGACGAUGCGGAAAAACACUUGUGCUCCCCGAGCCGAGACUCUUGCUCGCACGUGUGCCACGCGGAUUGCUUGCAGCAAUACCGAUUAAAGCAGGGCUGCCCUAUGCAUGACUGCCCAUUCUGUCUUCAGAAUGAAGAUUCCCAGGAAGAGGCUGAUGAUGCCGCUUUGCAAGAGAUGGAGAUUGAGGCAGCAAUGGAAGCAGAGGCUGUGGCUGAGGGGGUAAAAAGAAAGACCAGAGGACAACGCAGCCCAGUGCCGCCCACCCAAAGGUCCCCAAGCCCAGAAAGCCCUCCCUUCACACAGGGUGGAAGUGAAGCAGCCCGCUUGUCCAUUCCAAGCUUUGGGAUUGACAUCUACGACCUGAGUCGGACCAGCAAGGCAUCUACCACGGUGAAGGAUCCUAUGCACGACGCCAUGUCGGAGUACUUGGCUUGCAGGGAUGAAGCACAAAGCCUUUCGUUGCUUCACACCAAGAGCACAUAUCAAGGGCUUGGAAGCCCAGAGGCUUCUUAUCAAACCGUUCUGAAUGCAGCUUUGAAAGACCCCAGGGACCACCACGCUGUGGCAUCAGACUUUGCCUUCAGAACUCGAGAAGUGCUGCCCGUGCCUUUCGAAGUCAGCUUGAAAACCAUUGCCCGCAAGGAAGGUUGGGAGCCUGAGACAUUCAUGGCAGGUGGCGCCACAUGCACGGAUGCCACCAUCAAGGGUAUUCGUGCUUCUAUCAAAGAAUAUGCCCGUCUGCAUUACGGCAACAAAGAAAAGAUGUGCACUUGGCUGAACUGCGAAGAUGACAAGACAGUCACUGGAGAUGGUGCCACGGCGCUGACUCAUUACACCUUCGUUCACCAAGUGUAUGGACAGGUGUCGCUUUGCGAGUAUGUGCUCCAGCCGACUGCAAGCAUGUUUUCCAAGAGAAUCCAUGCGACGUGGCAAACAAGGCCAGUGACAAGUGACCCUGAUCAGCAGAGCCAGUCCAGCAAAGAGUUCCUGAUUGACUUCUUUGGUUGGAUGGGGCGCGUGGCAAGCAACCAGGACAAAGACCACUAUUUUGACAAGUUCGCCUUGCCCGUGCUCAGGAAGGCUUUGCAGGGAAUCUCCGACUUCUUUCACGAGAAUCACGAGAAUGUAGAAUACCACUUUCAGAAGGAGAAAGAGGAAAAACCAGCAAAGUACGUCUUGGCAGCAGUCAAAGACCUCUUGAAAGUUGGCAUCUUGCAAGAGGUUGACAAGAAGGAAGUGGAAGAACAGGCGCCCAAACUUAAGGACAAGAAAAGCGCCAAGAGCAAGGAGGCCACGCUAAAGAGCGAGCCACGAGGCCCGCCAGGUGGCCACGCUGUCCUGUACUACCAGACAUGUGCCUGGGAAGGCCUUUUGACUAAUUCGGAAGCUCAAGACAUGAUUGCCAAGCUGCAACUGAGUGCCAAUGAUUUCAAGUAG